CAUCACCCAGGUUUUCUAUAAGAAAAACCACGAACCGCAACCGCCUCGAUUGCGAUUGUGGAAACCCUCGCCCUCUUUGUCAUCCCCAACGAGAUCACGCAUUUCCAUGCUCCUUCCUUCGCCGUCGCCCUCGAGACGGUGAUGUUCUAACACGAGAAAUUUACGUGCGGUGUUUCCUCAAGUAGUUGCCGUGUUUGAGCCGCUGCAAUGGUGAUCUUGGGCAAGCGCCAGAGGAGCUCCGACUGUGGGAUCCUCGAUUUGUAUCGACGCGAGGUUGGACUCCUGUCAUCAAGAGCUUUCUCGCAACGCGCUAGGGCUUCAAAGGAUCUUGUUCUGUAUUUGGGACUUGACAGAAAGCUUAACAAGCAUAAUGGCUGUGUAAAUACGGUGAGCUUGAAUGAGAAUGGGAGCAUUCUUGUAUCAGGAUCAGAUGAUCAAAUGGUAAUACUGUGGGAUUGGGAGGUUGGUACUGUAAGGACUUGCUUCCACUCUGGUCAUAAAAACAAUGUUUUCGAAGCACACAUCAUGCCUUGUACGGAUGAUCAGACAAUUGUUACAUCUGCUGCAGAUGGUGAGGUAAGGCUUGCCCAUUUGCGAGAAGGUGGUCAGGUAACUACAGAAUUGCUAGCUGAACAUGAUGGUGCAAUCCAUAAGGUUGCUUUUGAACCUAGAAAUCCCCAUGUUCUUUAUAGCGCUGGUGAAGAUGGUCUAGUUCAGCAUUUUGAUCUUAGAUCCAAAAAUUCAACAAAGCUCUUCAUAUGCAGAUCGUUUAGGAGAAGAACAACUUAUACAUCAUUUGUCAGUCUCAUGACUAUUUCAUUAGACCCAAGAAAUCCAAACUGUCUUGCAGUUGCUGGUGCUGAUGACUAUGCUCGGGUGUAUGACAUUCGCAAGUACAAAUGGGAUGGAUCAACUAAUUAUGGUCUUCCAUGUGAAAACUUUUGUCCUCCACAUCUGAUUCAUCACACACAAGGGAUAACAGGAUUGUCUUUCUCUGAUUCAAGUGAGCUGCUGGUCUCUUAUAUGAAUGAAUAUAUCUAUCUCUUUCAAAAAGAUCAAGGUCUGGGUUCAAAUCCUGUCUCCUGGCUUUCUGAUAGCUAUCCAGAUGAUAACUCCAAUUCAGUUCCAAUAUCUACAUCCAACUUGAGCCAAGGGAUUAAGGUGUAUAAAGGACAUCGUAACAGAAAGACUGUGAAGGGUGUGAAUUUCUAUGGACCUAAUUGCGACUAUGUAGUUAGUGGAUCCGACUGUGGUCGCAUAUUUAUUUGGAGAAAGAAAGAUGGGGUACUUUUACGUGCUAUGGAAGGAGAUAAACAUGUGGUGAACUGUAUUGUAUCUCACCCUCAUACCACCAUGCUUGCAAGUUCUGGAAUUGAGAAAGACAUAAAGAUCUGGGUUCCUAACACAAUGGAACCUUUCAAACCAGCAAAUCUAGAUAAGAAAGACAAUGAUGACAAUGACGACGAGGACGACGACGAUGACGAGGAUGAUGAAGGCAAAGAUCUGGAAGAUGAUGACGACGACGACUCUUAUGAUUCUGAUUUCAGUGAUUGUGAUGAUGACACUGAGGAAGAUGUCUUUGGCGAUAAUAUUAGUUCCGAUGAUGCUGACCUGGACUACUAUGUUCAUUUCAACAAUUCGCCGUAAUAGCCACUGAGAUUUGGACAAUAAUUUACCAAGUUUAAAGUAACCAGUCAGCUUUCGUAAACUGUUGGUGCAAAGCUAGCUACGCAAGUACAAGCAAUGAAUAUUUGUUGCCCAACAGGAUCAUAAAUCUCAAAAUGUAUUUACCUUAAAAUGUCUAGUAUGAAAUAUUAGAAGGUUCUAAACGUACAUUUUACAGGGUUUGUAAAUUUGUAAUUAACGUAGGCGAUUUGAGUCCAGUUUGCCGUAUGUAAUUAUUCUGACAUUGUCCUGAUUCGAACAUUAUCUCAAUGUGAUCCAGUGAUGCACAGACUUUGGUGGCUUCA